GGCCUUCAAUUCGAAGAUCAGCAUUUGUCUCAAGGUGGCGCCCCGGAACACAUCGCAACUAGUCAACGAUUACCUGUAAAAUGAUUCCUAUCCUGCGUGUUAUCCCUACUAUUUUGCCGAAAAUAUGUAUGCAGAUGAAUACAUGGAUUCAGAAUGCAGCCCAAACUUGAACACUGGAAAUAAAAUGCCACCCUAUGCGCACGAGGACGCCAAGAAACCCGACUAUGGUGCAAGCCCCUCAAACAAGAAGCAUACAAAAAGCUCAGAUGAAGUUGCAGAUUUGGAACCUAAAUUCCGAUCACCCUGGGAACUUGUGCAGAACAAAAAGACAAUGCCUGAAAUGAAGUCUAUCGUCGCUAAAGAUAUGUCACUGCAUCAACCGUCUGAUGAAAAGAAACCGUCACCUGCCGGAAAUAAAGACUUGAAAUCCCCUUGGCAACCCGUGUGGAAAUACAAUUUCCCACAUCUUCUGAUGGAAGAUACGCAACUAGAUCGCAUCAUAGAGCUACCGAAGACAAAGCAUGGAGGAAAAACAUUCCAAGUCAUUCCAAGGCGACGAAGGUCGGAAUCACCUUCGCCAGGAGGCAAGAGGUCUGUCGGAAACAAUCGGCUAGGAACUCCAUUUGUUGACAAACCGGUAACUCGGUCUGAACCUGAUGGAAAUUCUUCUCCAAAAUGUGAAUCAAUAUGGAACAAAAGUCGACAAAGCAAAACUUUUUUGAAGGAUAAUGUUACGAAGCAGAUUGCUAGAAGGCAAGAAAACGGACACACGUUUUUGCAAUUAGAUAACAAUGGUUCAUUAGAAUCUCCUUCUCCAAAGGUACUUUCUUAUAGCCGACAUUUCACGCCGUCCCCAGUACACCAACACUCGCAAAAUGAAAGUGACACAAAGAAGGAAGAAUCGGAUUUUUAUGCGAACCAAUACAGGCCUUAUCAUGAAAGACCCAUUUCCACUGCCUCAGACAAAUCACAUGAUCAAGAGGAAAUAUCUGAGAGGACAACAAGGCCUAAUCAUAGUUUGAAAUCAGAGAAUUCAUACAGAAAACUGAGCAAAGCGGUCAAUUUUGCUCCGAGCACCUUUCCUCGAAUGCCCCCACCAUCUUAUAGAGAAUCUGAAAUGACGGACGGAGUUGAAGAUUUUGUCGAGAACAAUGGUAGAUACUUUGACAAUGGAGGAUGUUUUUAUCCGAACGAAUUUGGCAUUCGGAACCCACUGGGUAUGAGCAGAGAAAACGCGUUUGUAAAGCGACAAUAAUAGAGCCGAUCUAGAUGACCUGAAUUAAGUAAAACGAAGCUUGUAGACAUGUGGCUGAUUUCUUUUAUUUGUUAUAAAUUUGACAAUAUUGUUAUUUUAUAAACACUAUAAAUUGUAUAUAUUACUAGCUUUUUUACAUGUCAUUUCUGCAGUUCCGGCAAAAUUCCACUUUUCAACCAUGUCGUUUCGAUCAUAAUGUAUGAAUUAAAUUGUCUCUGCUCUUUAGAAUGAACGAUAUGCUAUAUACAGUAAUGGGUGUCUCCAAAAUGUCGUGCCCCAAUGUACACGUGUCCAGGAGAAGUGGGACACGUGGUACACGACAUUUUGGAGUCACCGUACAGGUAUGAUAUACCGGGACGUAAUAAUGUUUUUCGCAGCGAACUAUUGUCUUGUGGUUUGUUGGUACCGAACGUGGUUUAUCAUCAUUUAAACUGGAUAACUUGCUUUUCAUAUAUCUCCUUGUAAAAUUAUUGUGCGUAAUGGCGUCUUCAAUAAAACAUCUAUAUUUUC